AAGUAGUAGUUUGUUGCCGUUACCGGAGCGUGUGUGUGUCCUCCGGUGAAAUAACCGGUAAACUGUAUUAUAAACAGCGUAGAAAGUGUGCGCGUGACAUUAAACGGGUGAGAGCAGCAGCCGUGUGGCGGGAAACGGACGCUGUUACAGGUGUGGAGCGGCGCUUCCGUCACAGUCACGGAAGUUGGCGGCUAACGUUGCUAGCUGCUGCGGUUAGCUGGGCUGACAGGAUUAGCUCCGGGGCUGAGGACACCGGCGGGGGGCUCGAUGGCAGCGAGGAGGAGCGAGCCCGGGGAGCCGUGAAGGAUGCUCCAGGGGCCGUACAGCAGCCUGGACCGGGACCGGCUCCUCAUCCGGCUGCCGUUCAAAAGCUUCGCCGUGGGGACGGUUCUGCUGCCGGUGACCGGCUUCAUCGCCUGCAUCUUCAUCUCCCUCUGGUACCACUACGAGGACGCGACGUACACGCACUGUAAGGUGUCCAACUACCUCCCGUCCAUCAGCUCCGCCAUCAGCGGUGUGCCGGAGCGCUACAUCUGGCGCGGCUGCAUCGGGCUCCACUCGGCGCCGCGGUACCUGGUGGCCUUCGCCUACUUCAGCUUCUACCGCAGCCGCUUCGCCAACAGGCUGCGGGAGCUGCUGCUGAGCGGGCUGGCGCUCCUCUGCAGCCUCGCCGAGAACACCGGCCUGGUGAUGCUCACGUACGUGUCGUCCACGGAAACCUACAGUGUUCAUAAGUACGGGUUCAUCACGUUCAUAGGGAGCUCGCUGGUGCACAUGCUCACUACGUGCUGGCUGUGGUACGUCAUCAAGAGACACUACGUGAGCCCAGAGGAAGUGACAUCAUAUCGCUGGAAGCUGCGUCUCUUCCUGUUCAACAUCAGCUGCUGUGUGAUUGCCUUCUACUUCUUCAGACGCCACAACAAAUAUUGUGAAGCAGGAAUCUACUCCCUGUUCGCCGCCUUCGAGUACCUGGUGGUCUUCUCCAACAUGGCCUUCCACAUGACGGCCUUCUGGGACUUCGGGAGCAAAGAGGUGACCGUGGCCACGCCGCCGGAGGACAAACGAUACUGAGCAGGAGGGGGCGCGGCGUUUCUACCAUUUCUGAACUCAAGCGCAGAGAGAGGAGUCUGAUGACAUCAUUCCAACGACACCCUGACCUUCGGACGGCGUGAUGGAGACGUGGACCAGAGUUCUUCUUCUGUUGUCGUUUCUCUAGUGCGCCUGUGUCUUUGAAUCGUCAGAAAUGAUGCGUAUUGAUGUCAUUGAUGAUCAGCCCGCUGUGAUGAUGUCACACUUGUUUGUUUACAGAAACAGCUGAUCAGGGUUUUAAUGGUUUUAUUUCCACACAGGUGAAAACCAUCAGAGACAAAAUAAAUGUGAUGAUGAUGA